AUGCUUCCCUCCGCCUCCGCAAUCGUCUCGGCUGUUCGUCAAGAUUCCACUUCGGCGGUGGAGUUGGAGCAAAGAUUCCACUUCCGGAGAAUCGUUCAUCCAGAAUCGAUCCUCUCGGUGUAUGUGAGGACAAGCUGGGAGCUACGUGAUGGACCAAUGGGAGUUGCGGCGGGUAGCUUCUCUUCUAAGAACAGAUUCCGACGACGAGAGAGCUGCUGA